CCUCUCUCAGAAACACAGCCAAGAAUCAGAACCACCCAAAAACAAAAGCCUUCUCUCUCUAAAAAACAAAAAGCACGCACAAAAUUCACUAAACCCAUUGACAUAAAAAAGAGUCUUUUUUAGUGUUUUUUAAUUAAAAAAAAUGAAAAACCACAGAGUAAAAACCCUUAAAACCAAAACCCCUAAACCCAUUUCGUCUCCAUUAUCGGAAACCCCACCGGCGGCGGAUUACACGGUGAAUGUGGACUGUAGUGAGGACUUUCACUCCGUUUGCAAAUGGGUUAUCCCAGAUUUCAGGAAAAUAAAGUCCAGGUCUUUAUAUAGCAGAUAUUUUCAAGUUAGUGGCUAUGACUUUCGUUUUUUAAUGUACCCAAAAGGGGAUUCUUUAUCAGUACCUGGACAUAUCUCUCUUUACUUACAAGUUAAUGACCCUUGUAGUUCUAAUUGUGAUUGUUAUGCUUGUUACAAGAUUGUCAUUGUUAAUGUCGUGGAUGAGACUAAGUCUUUGUCUAAAGAGAGUGUUUAUAGGUUUUCCAAGAACAGGAAAUCUAUUGGUUGGUGUGAAUUUGCGGUUUCUAAUACAGUUUUGGAUGCUAAUUCAGGGUUUUUAAAAGAUGGGGUUUUAACUAUUAGUGGUGAAAUUCGGGUUUUGGAUGAGAAAAUGGAGUUUUCGAGUGAUUGUAGUGAGGGAAUGUCUUAUGCUUUGAAUGGGAAGGUUACUUGGAGUAUAAGAAAUUAUGGUUUGUUGAAGCAAAUGGUGAAGACUCAGAAGAUAAUUAGUUCGGCUUUUCGAGUAUGGGAGGCUUAUCUUGGGGUUAAUUUGUCGAAAAGCAUGGUUAAUGGGGCUGAGAAUUUGUCAUUGUUCUUGGAUAUUAAGGAUAUAGAGAAGAACCCUGUGAUUGAUAGGAGUUGUUGGUGUCUUUUUCGAAUAUCAGUGUUGAGUCAAAAGCCAGGGGUUAGUCAUGUAAGUAGGGAAUAUUAUGGGAGGUUUGGGGGAGGAGGUGAUACGAGUCUUGGUUGGACUGAGUUUAUGAAAAUCUCUGAUUUUUUUGAUGAAGGAUAUGUAGUGGAUGAUAAUGUGUUGGUUAGUGUAUCCUUUAAUGCUAUUCAGGAGUCAAGUUUUUCCUUCAGGAUUGAAGGCGUUUCUAGUGGUAAGUGUAAGGGGAUGAUUAAUUGUGGCUACUUGGGUGGUAAGAGCAAGUAUGGUCUGGUAAAAAGAUGUGAUGAUUACACAGGAAAAAUCAUUUGGAAGAUUGAGAAUUUCUCAAGGUUGAAGGAUAUUUUAAAGAAAAAGAAGAUGAAAGGUCUGUGUGUGAAGAGCAGGAGGUUUCGGAUUGGGAAUAUGGAAGUCCGCAUUUUAGUUUAUCCUAGAGGUCAAUCUCAGAAACCAAUCCACCUUUCAACGUUUCUUGAAGUUUUGGAUCCAGGAAACAGUUCUGGUGAUUGGAGUUCUUUUAUUGUCUAUCAGUUGGCAGUUAUGAAUGGGAAGAUGAUAGAGAAGUCUGUUGUGAAACAAUCUGCAGAACGAUGCUCCAAUGCUACAAAAAACCAUGGCUGGUCUGAAUUCAUGACCCUUACUAGUCUUUUUGACCAGGACUCUGGGUUUAUUGGUCAUGAAACUGCUGUCUUUACAGCAGAGGUUCACAUAUUGAAGGAGACAUUCAUGACAACAGAGUCGAGCGACAAUGCUUGUUCAGUUACAUGGAAGAUGGAAAAUUUUUUAUCCUUCAAGGAAAUAAUGCUAAGCCGAAGAAUAUUAAGCAGAUUUUUUGAAAUUGGUGGCUGUAAACUUCAAAUUGGGAUAUAUCAAUCAUCUGCAAAUAUAUGUGCAUACUUGGGGAGUGAUCCGUUGAUUGACAAUUUUUGGGUCAAUUACAGGAUUACUAUAGUUAAUCAAAAUGACCCUGCUAAAAGUUUGUGCAAGGAGUCUUCCCUAUGCACAAAGGCAUAUUUCAAUGCCGAUCUUCAAUUGAUGAAAGUAUCAGAUAUGCUGGACACAGAUGCUGGAUUUGUUGUUCAUGAGACAAUUACUUUGGUUUGUGAAAUCCUUGAUUGCUGUCCAUGGUUUGAGUUUUUUGAACCUGAGACUGGUAACAUGGAAGCAGAACCAAGUGACUGCCAGUUCCUCUCUGCUGUCUGUCAAAUGGACAUCAACAACGAAGAGUGUAAAAAAACAUUUUCUGAAGUUUCUGGAGUUUUGGGGAGCACACCUUAUGAAGCUCUGCAAUCUGUUAUUCACUUGUUAUUUAAAUCUGCAUCUCAGUGCCAGUGUAUUCCUCGAGCAGUCAAUGUUGUUCGCGCAAGGCUAGAACUUUUAGGAGCUGAGAUAUCACCCGAUCUGUUGGAUCUCCUGGGCAGCACUAUGAAUAGUCAGCAUGAGAUUGCUGAAGCAAUGUUGAGAGAAAUUGAUAGUGUCUUUGCACUUGAUGAAAAAUGCAAACUGCUGGAUGUGACUCCAUGUCCAUUAUCUAAAGAAGUGCCCUAUUUAGAUAGUGGAACCAGACUUGCAGCCAACAGCUCACAUAGGGAAGAUGAAUCAGGUAGUCAUGUACAUCAUCAUUUUUCUGAUAUCUUUAUCUUGAUUGAUAUGCUGUCUAUACCUUCCCUCACCAUUGAAGCUUCUGGGGUUUUUGAGAGAGGUGUUGCUCAUGGAUACAUUGAUAACCAAGUAGUGGCCUUGGUCUUGGAAAAACAUGCUCAAAGAUUUAGUGCAAAUUCAACAGCCAGGGAGAAAAAUGCAGAGUCUUUGUUUUCUGAAGAAUUUUUCACCCCAGUUCUUGCUCUUGCAGAAACAUUGUCCCUCUCUAUAAACUCUCAAGUUCAUAAUUUUGUGAAAAUGUUUUAUGUUACACUAUUUGAAGUGUUUUCUGGUGAGAGUUAUCACACAAGAAUGCUGAGAGGGCUAGUUGACCUUGCCACAAGCCCUGUGGAGAAUUCUUUGGAGAUGAAUCUGGAUAUGUUGAUCUUCUUGGUUCACAGGGAACAUGGAUUUGCUAGACCAGUUCUAAAAAUGGUGGGGGAUGCUGCUAAGCAUGACAACGCUGAUCAUUCUGCCAUCAGUCAUCGUCUGCGUUGUUUAGAGGAGAAAAUUAUUCAUAUUGGCAAAGAAAAGCGAGCUGAACUUUCAAAUAUGUCUAGUGAGAAGGCUACUUUGUUAGAAAGGCUGACUGAAACUGAGGCUGCUCUCCUUCAUUAUAAGUCUGAAAUGGAGCUUGAAAGGGACCACUUUACUUGUGAAAAGACAGAACUCUGUGCACAUAUACAAGAUAUUGAGACUCAACUUGAACAGUUGUGCUCCAAGCAUAAGGAUCAUGUUGCAAAGCACUGCAUGGAGAAAAGGGAUUACCAAGAUCAUCUUUAUCAUGUGGAAACACAGUUGUCACAUCUAAAGUCCUUAAAACACCAGGAAUUGAAGAAACUACUUAAAGAGAAAGAAGUUCUUGCUGAAAGAUUGAGACAUGCAGAAGCUAAUCUAGAAGUUUCUGAUAGAAAACUGAAAAAAUAUGCUUCAAAAGUUGUGAUUCAAGAGGAGGAACAACAGACACAACUGGAUGAGAUUUGGCAGUUGAAACAAAAAGUUGAACAAAUUGAAAUAGUGAAACAGGACAAGGAAGAGGAGGUUGCUCAUUAUAGAGCAUGCACUUACGAUUUGGAAGCAAAAUUGAAUGACUGCCAGAAACAUAUCCAAUUUCUUGAAAAUGCACAUCGGGAGGAGAUGGAACAGCAUGCUCCUCUAUAUGGUGUAGGCUUGGAAUCUCUCUCAAUGGAAUCAUUGGAGAAUUUGUUGCGCAUCCAUGAAGAUGGGAUAAAAAACAUCCAUGCCCUUCAACAUCAACUAAGAAAUCGGAGUGGUGAUCUUGUCUCAAGUGCAAAUCCUCUUCAACUCAGACAGUUUGCAACCUACAGCACAAUAUCCUAUUGCUGAUGGGCAUUCCACUUUUGUCAUCCCUAAUGGCGUUCACAUGCACAAGAAUAGGCCUAACACUGCUACUACAGCAUCCCGGUUUAUCAUAGGAGUUAACUUUUGACUGGAGAUCAUUCUUAACUGUAUAUUUCAGAUAGGAAUCUUAACUGCUUCUCAGGGAUGGGGCUUCUUUAAUCUGGCUGGCCUUUUUUCACCAGUCAAGCUCAGCAGUUAUUCACUAAUGAGGUCCUCUUUACGUAGUUAUUUUGUAUAGUUAUCUACUGUGGAACUUGGAACCUCAGAAUGUUAGUUGAAUACAUGAUUAUUAGAGGGGAUUGUAUGAAGGAGACUUCAAUGCUUUUAUUACUCUUUCACGUAGGUGUUUAAAUGUGCUUGCCAGUGUGACUGCUGGUUGAAACCACAUCUUGCUGUGGUUUUUGUA